UGGUUGAACUGGGAGGCAGCCCUCCAUACCCCCAGCCUGCCUUCCGUGAAUAGGUGAAGAGGCUGCUCCCAGCUGGGCUCUGAUUGGCUGAGAGGGAUGCUGCUUCAGGGAUGCUCGGGGAUUAGACGAUCAGAGCAGCGUCGGCUUGUUUUCAGAGCCUCUGCCUGCCUGUGCCAGCCCCCUCCUCGCCACGCUGCCCUCUGAUGGGUGGCUCCCAGCGGGAUGAGCAGCGCCACGGGGAUUCCCGCAGGGAUCCAUCGGGGCUACCUCCGCAAAUAUGUGGUCCUUUGCAGGAGGCUUCCUUUUCAAGCAGUGGAAGGAGAAGUUCCUCGUCGUCUCGCUGGACGGCAGCCUGCUCAUCUGCCCGGAUGCCGACUCCCCGGCCGAGCUGGGCAUCUCCCUGGGCAGCAGCUGCGAGGCCAUCCUGGAGGGCAGCGAGAUCUGCGACCUGCCGCGCCUUCCUCUGGGGGCCCAGACGGACAGCUGCCUGGGGCUGAGUCUCCGCGACGGCAAGUUCCUCCUCUUCCUCGCCCCUGACGGCCAAGUGUGCAGACGGUGGCUCAACAUCUUGAGAAAAGUCAAAGAGAGCUUCUCCCAGGGAUCCCCCUCCAGCUGCAAGCUCCACAUCAACUCGCCAGUGAGAAAACGCUUCUGGAAAGGCGCUGGGGACAGCGGGUCUCCCAGCCCCAGCACGGAGAGACGAGAAGUUGCCAGGUCCAGCCUGUGCCACGAAACCUGCUCCCCACACUGCCUCCGCCACGGCCCCAAGCCCCCCAACACAGGGGUGAAGGCCGCCUGCCUCCUGGUGGGGGGCGCCGCCGCUGGUCCCAGCAUGGGUCACAUGGUCAGCUCAUCCACAGCCGGACCCCCUGCAGACCCCCACCCGCCGGACUUCAAGGAGCUGGGCUACCACCCGUCGGCCUGUGAUUCCGAACCGCAGUACGAGGCCCCCCUGGAUUACGACGGGAUGGAGCAGGACUUAGACAUGGUGGAUUUUGGGGGGUUCGCCUUCUAGCCUCUGGGAGCCCCAAAGGGAGAGGUCUAAAGGGCUAAAUUGCGGGCCUUCUAAUCCGGAGCUGGCAAAAGGGGAUGCUCUGCUCCCUCCCUCUCCCCCAGGACUCGCUCGUCUGGCACCCCCUCGCAGACAUUUCCCACACAUGCCCUUUGUUUGGAAAGGGUGGGGGUUCCUGCUUCAGAGAUUUACCUCCUUUUCCUCCCCCCCCCCAUUUUUUUUAAAAAAAAAUUUUUAUUGAAGGAUUUUUAAAACCAAGGCAACAAAAUACAGAAGGGAGCAAUGGGAUUGCCCCACAAAGAGAGUGGGGAAAUCACGAAGGGUUCAAAUGAGCACAAAGGACUUUCUCCAUCAGCUGGGGGGGGGAGCAUAAAGCAAAAGGACUAAAACUAAGCAUUGUGUAGCUACAAAACUACCACAAGGUUUGAUCGUGAAUUCUUACAGAAUUAACCAUGCCCAUUUGCAUUCGGCCGGGGUU